GAACCCGAACCCCAGCGAUCAGCCGAGAGGAGCCGAACCCGAACUCUUGUCCCACCGAUCAGCCCUGAGGAGCCGAACCCGAACUCGAGUCCCAGCGAUCAGCCCUGAGGAGCUGAACCCGAACUCGAGUCCCAGCGAUCAGCUGAGAGGAGCUGAACCCGAACUCUAAUUUUUCGGUGAAGUAUCGGUUGGUGUCCUCGGUGAGAAGCGGCAGGCCUGGGACUGAGUGUUCGACUGCUAACAGAGGAUGAGCUGCCAGAACUGGGCUGAGAGCCCUGCUGGAGGUUCUGCAGCUGUCUUGGGCUCCACUGCUGAGGGAGGUGGAGUGCUGAGAUGUCAGGAGAGUUAUGCGUGUAGCGGCUCGGAGGCGGCCUUCGAGUGUGAUGAGUGUGGGAGCCUACAGUGUGUCCUCUGUGAGAGGGAACUGCAUACACAGCCUCGGCUCCGGGACCAUGAGCGGAGCCGCCUGCAGCCCGGACACAUCCCAUACUGUGACCAGUGCAGCAGCAACCCGAACCCGGGGCCUGGGCCUUCCGUCCGGCACAGGGCCGCCUCCCGCUGCCUGAGCUGUAAGGUUAACUUGUGCACCGAGUGCCAGCGCCGGAACCACUCCAGUAGGCGCAAACACCCUCUGAUUAGCUACCCACAGCCCGGGCGCGGAGAGCAGGGAGAGGCCCAAACCCAGCAGCUGGACAAUAGGCUGAGCCAAAGUGUCAGGAGCUUCUUGCUGGUGGAUGAGAAGGAGCAGAUCCAGGUGACUGAUGAAGAAGAAUUUAUUCAGAAACUUGAUUGCAAAGCAGAUGAAAACCUCAAGGUUAUAUCGAUCUUUGGCAACACAGGUGACGGUAAAUCUCAUACCCUUAACCAUACUUUCUUCAAUGGGCGUGAAGUUUUCAAGACCUCUCCAGCUCAGGAGUCAUGCACUGUUGGAGUGUGGGCAGCCUAUGAUCCUGUUCAUCAUAUUGUUGUCAUAGAUACUGAAGGUUUGCUGGGAGCGACUGUCAACCUAAGUCAAAGAACAAGAUUGCUACUUAAAGUACUUGCUAUAUCUGAUAUAGUUAUUUACAGAACUCAUGCAGACAGAUUACACAAUGACCUCUUUAAGUUUCUCGGCGAUGCAUCUGAAGCCUACCUUAAACACUUCACAAAAGAGCUGAAAGCUACCACUGCAAGAUGUGGAUUGGAUGUUCCGUUAUCCACUCUGGGACCAUCAGUCAUAAUCUUCCAUGAGACUGUGCAUACUAAAUUAUUGGGAUCUGAUAGACCUUCAGAGAUACCAGAAAAACUGUUACAGGAGAGAUUUCGUAAGCUAGGCCGGUUUCCAGAGGCCUUCUGUUCCAUUCAAUACAAAGGGACCAGAACAUAUAAUCCUCCAACGGACUUUUCCGGACUGUUGCGGACCAUCGAACAACAGUUGAACAAUAACACAACUCGAUCACCCAGACCUCCAGCAAUCAUUUUCAAGGCUCUGAAAGCUUUGAGUGAACGUUUUAGUGGAGAAAUUGCAGAUGACCAAAUGGCUCACAGUUGCUUCUUCCCUGAUGAAUAUUUCACUUGCUCCUGCACAUGUCUCAGCUGUGGGAUUGGCUGCAAGAACAGUAUGAACCAUGCAAAGGAUGGCGUUCCUCACGAGUCUGAAAGCCGUUGCAGUUACUCACAUCAGUAUGAUAACAGAGUAUAUACCUGUAAGUCCUGUUAUGAGCAUGGAAAAGAAGUGAUUGUAGUGCCCAAAACGUCUGCUUCCACAGACUCUCCUUGGUUGGGUCUCGCCAUAUACGCCUGGUCAGGGUAUGUGAUUGAGUGUCCAAAUUGUGGGAUCAUUUAUCGUAGUCGGCAAUAUUGGUUUGGAAACCAGGAUCCGGUGGACACUGUGGUGAGAACAGAAAUUGAACACGUUUGGCCUGGAAGUGAUGGAUUUCUAAAGGACAAUAAUAAUGCUGCGCAACGAUUGCUGGAUGGCAUGAAUUUGAUGGCACAGUCAGUUUCAGAAUUUGGUGCAAAACCAACCAAAGCCGUGACAGACUGGCUAACAGACCGGAUUGCACCAGCCUAUUGGAGACCAAACUCUCAGAUUAUCAACUGUCAUAAGUGCAAUAAACCCUUUGAAGACCAGGAAACAAAGCACCACUGUAGAGCCUGUGGUGAAGGCUUCUGUGAUCGUUGCUCAUCAAAAUCCAAGCCUGUUCCAGAACGUGGUUGGGGUUCAGUUCCUGUCCGAGUGUGUGAUGAGUGCUACGAAGAUGCAGAAAUCAGAGCAGAUGUUGUAGAUGAAGAAGGUGAUGAAAGCGGAACAAUUAUAGCACGGAAAGUUGGUGAAGCUGUGCAGAACACCUUCGGAGCAGUGGCUACAGCAAUAGAUUUUCCAUUAGGUCUAGUGAAAGAUGCAGCCAGACCAUCAUACUGGGUUCCUGACCACGAGAUCACUAAUUGCUGCUAUUGUCGAAAAGAAUUUACAACAAAAAUGUCCAAGCAUCAUUGUCGAGCCUGCGGGCAGGGUUUCUGCAAUGAAUGCUCUCAGGAUAGGCGAACAGUCUCUUCACGUGGUUGGGACCAUCCUGUACGGGUCUGUAUAAACUGUAAUAAAAAGCCAGGUGACCUUUGAGUAGCACACUUGAAAAAGAGAAUACUGAUCUAACAUUGAAUUUUAAUGCAAAUUAUUCAUUUCUUAAUUAUCAAGUAUGCAUGAUAUUUAAAAAGAAGUGGAAAUAGAAUUGCUGAAAUAGUUCUUAACCCUGCCUAUUCAAAAACAAACUCCUAAGAGGUAUAUUUUUUAAAGGUUCUGAACAAUAACCAGAGUUCAGUAGGCAGUUGGUAACAUCACAUUUUUCCCUGUGAAAGGUUGUUUUCUAAUUGAACCCAUUGUUCAUAUUCAUGAUUUUACUCAUUGACACUCAUCAAAACUGACCUAAAUACCUGUAUGUGUUGUAUGGGGUGUGUGCCAACUGCACUUGUAAUUAUACACAGAUUACAAAAACUGGGUUCUGCUCACAUGGAGAAUGCCUUAAGUUUACUGUCAAACACUAUGGGUAUUCAUUCGUGUAGUAUGAUUGUAGCUUUUUAAGUGAUAUCAAUGUAGAAGUGCUCAAGUCGACGUAAACCUACAGUGACACUGACUCAGAUUUUUCCCUCCCUCUGUUUCUUUUGGAACCCAUUCCUCAGUGAUGGGAUUUUUUUCUAAAUGUGAUGUACGUUAGCACCUUUUUGAAAAGUUUCUGUUUAUUUAAAAACAAAUCGUGUUUUUGUUUAUGUCGCCAUUGGAAUCCAAAAUUCACAUUACCUUGAGCAAGUGUAUAGCUCUGUUUAUCAUAUAAUGUAAAUUAGUGGUUUGUGAAUAAUUUAUGUAAAUAAAAUUUUGAUGUCCACUA